AUGGACAUUGUCUAUGAGAAAUCAGAGGAGAGGUUUUGUGCUAUUGUGUCUGAGGAAUUCUCUGUGGUCAAAGACCGCCAACAAAUUUUUUACCCUCCCUUUGCUAUUCCCUUUCCCCUCAGCACAGUGAAUGAUUCCUGUCUGGAUUCUUUUUCUAUCCCAGCAGGUGAUGGGACGGUGAGUGAGAAAAAGAAGGAAGAUUCUGAGCAGGUAGGACUACAGGUGACGUUAUCAGGUAGAACCAUAGGGAAAGUUUUCCAGAGCACUGAACAGGGAGAAGCCCAUCAGAGUCAGCAUAGGCCAGAGAGGCAGCUGCGAAACCAAGCAGGGGAGAUCCAGCAUGAAUCCACUCACAGGAGCAGAGCGUUCAAAGAAACCAAAGAGCCUGUACUACAGAGAAUCGCCUCUGGAGAGGAACUGAACUUAUGCAGUGACUGUGGGAGAAGCUUCCUUUGGAAAUCAGCCCUUAUUACUCACCAGCGAAUCCACAAAGGAGAGAAACCCUAUAAGUGUCUAGACUGUGAGAAAAGCUUCAACUGCAGCUCACACCUUAUUUCACAUCAGAGAACCCACACGGAGGAGAAACCACAUAGAUGCUCUGAAUGUGGAAAAAGCUUCAAUCAGCAGUCCAAUCUUCUUAUACACCAGAGAAUCCACACAAGAGAGCGGCUCUAUAAAUGCCCCGACUGUGGGAAAAGCUUCAGUUACAACUCAGUCCUUAUGACACAUCAGAAAAUGCACACUGGAGAGAAGCCCUAUAAGUGUCUUGACUGUGAGAAAAUCUCUAGCCAGAGCUCAGACCUCACUAAACACCAGAGAACCCACACCGGGGAGAGACCCUACGAAUGCAACGAGUGUGGAAAAAGCUUAGGUCUGAGCUCCCACCUUAUUUCACAUAAAAAAAACCAUAAGGGGGAGAGACCCUAUAUAUGCCCCAACUGUGGGAAAAGCUUCAGUGACAGCUCAAACCUUAUUACGUGGAAGGCCCUGGGCCAGGAGAAACCUGAUCUGGAGGAAGGACUGGGGCUACCAGGACUGCCAGCCGCCGAGUACCCGGAGGAACUGGAGGAACCAGGCAGUAACCCGGGCCAGCGAAAAAUCACAGCCAGUGUGGACCUGACCUAA